CCUGCGCCUGCCUCAUUGUUUCCUCCUGGUCUGUCUUGCCGCGAUUAUUGUAACAAUCGCCGUCCUCGUGGUUCUUAUAUCAUAUCGCCACACCGCUGCCAGGGAAUCGUAUCGUCAGACUGAAGAACACUCCCCCUGCGGCGAAGUUCAACUUGUGCCAGCGAGGCGAGGGUAAAUUUGUACAAGGAGGACUGCUCGGCUAUCUUCUCGAUCUGCUCUACCCCAGAAUUUGGGCCUUUGGCAAUCGUUACUUCCCUGUCGGUGGACCUGCCAACCGUUUGCGUGCGUCGAAGUCGUGGCAAUUGAUCCCUAUGCCCUCUCUUGUGCAAGAAUAUGAAAUCCUCCUUGACUUCACCAACGAUACAUCCGAACCUGUGACAAUCCAGUUGCAGAGGGACUACGGUCGAAACACAAACGCACUUGUGAUGCUUCAUCCCUCCGAAUCCGUCACAUUAAUAUUGAACUCUGGAUCCGUGUAUCGUUAUGCUAUCAAGACUGGUCCCAAUGUGUAUAAGGUAGCGAACGUAAUUGCUAGAUCUUGGAGAGAUAUACAUUGCAACGUCUCUCGCCUGUUUGCGACAGACGUUCCUUUACGAGUGACCAACACUAGUUUUAAUCCGGUAGAAGGAGUGGUUGUUGACCGGAUAUGGCGCGAUCACAGGACAUGUUGUUGUAACGAUUAGUUUCUAGAAGUCUCUUCGUGCUCAUGGAUUUUAAGUUAUGUUCGGACGUUUUGUUACUAUGUAUAGGUUAUGAUCACCAGAUGGAUACUGGCGAUUUUGUGGGGCUCUUGUUCACUACGACCCUACAACCUUCCCUCUGCCUGCAAUAUCCUCUAUCCUUAUUUUAUACACCUCAUGAUGUAUCGUCGACAACCGCACAGAAUCUAACCAGUUUUGAACCCAAUACAC